UGUUUUCUAUGCAGCUCAGAAACUAUUGCAAAGAUAUAUUGAAGCUCAGAAACUAUUGCAAAGAUAUAUUGAAAAGUAUGUUGGUUUUAUAGAUAAUGGAUCCCACUAAUAUAUGUCAUUUAAAUGGAAGUGAAAUAUUGGAAAUUGCACGCUCAUUUGCAUCAUCAAUGGAAUAUGGAAAAUCUUGUUCUUGUUAUAUGUUUCUGUUCUGCCGCGUAGAUAGUUCAUGUUUAAGUUAUAAACAAGAAUUUUUGUUUACAUUCAAAAAAUGGGUUAAAAAGCUUAUUCUUAUGGGAAAACUUUUAGAGUUUACUCAAUUUAUGGAAACUGUAUUUGAAACUUGCCAACUAAUCAAAAUAGAUAUUGCCAUUUAUGCUGCACAAGUCUUAUACAAAAACAGCCACAUUUACCAUGCUGUUAAUAUUUUGAAUAUAUGCAAGAAUGAAAAUGACUUAAGAGUAACUGACUUCAUUGAGCGUCUUAAUAACAUAUUGGUAGAAAAAUGGCAUUUUAGAAUGCUUAAUGAUAAAAAAAGAAAUUCAGCAUAUGCAUUGGCUUUGCAACAUGCUUUUGAGCGUGGUCAUAGAUCAGUUUUGGAUAUUGGUUCAGGAACUGGUUUGCUCAGUAUUUUAUCAAGAAGAGCAGGCUUUGAAAAAGUAAUAUCUUGUGAAAAAUCAGAUGUCUUGUGUCACAUUCAAAAUGAUGUUCUGGAAGCUAAUAAAGAAAAAAAUAAUAUUAACUUAUUACAAAAAAUGUCAACCAGUAUAAAAUUUGGUAAAGAUAUUAAAGAUAGAGCUUCAUUGAUUGUUACUGAAAUAUUUGACUGUGCGCUGUUGGGUGAAGGUGCAAUUACUACUUUAAAGCAUGCUUGGACCGAACUUUUAGAUUGCGAAAAAUUAUGCAAGGUAAUACCUCAUUCAGCCACAGUCUAUGGCAUUUGCAUUGAGUGUGAAGAAAUCAGAAAGCAUGCAAAAUAUUCUUAUAAAAAUAUUCUACUUUGUGGAAAUCAAGAUACUUGUGAUGAAGCACAUCAACCAUAUACCUCUGAAAAUAUGAAGACUGUUAAAGGAGGAUACAAAGAACUAUCAGAUGAAUUUCUUAUUUUAAAUAUCAACUUCAACUCAAUUAAGGAACUCAAUAAUUUGGAAAGUAGUUUACUGCUGAAUGUCGAUGUGUUGGAAAAUGGAAUUUUCGAUGCAGUUAUGGUUUAUUUCACUCUGAAUUUGGAUGAAAGAAUUAGUAUUUCUACCAAGCCUGACCAAGAAAGUUGUUGGGAACAAGCUGUGUAUACAAACCAUAACUCUCCUCCAGUAAAACUUGGUACUGCAGUUUCACUUAACAUAAAUAUAUUGGAGGAAUGUAUUUUUAUUCAAUUUAAAAAUGAAGAAAUGAACAUUGAUAUUGGUAAACACACACAAAUAAAUGAAGUAAUGGUUUUGGAUAUUGAUAGGCGAUUGGUUGCAAGACAUAACGAUUGUGAAUAUUUUGAAAUAUAUGAGCAAUGCAUAUCUAGAAAGUUAUGUCAUUCAAAUCAAGCUCUCAACAUUUGCUUUAUAUGUGCUGAUGUUUCUGUAAUACCACUUCUAGCUUCUCAUGGAGGUGUUAACUUCUUCACGUUUAUUGAACCUUCAAAUGCUUUAUUAAAGCUGUUGUUACAUGUAGAUUCUUCAUUAAAUAAAAGAAUUCAAAUUCUGACACGCCCAAUGCUUUAUAGACUCCAUGAAGUUAUAGGACUCAAGAAGUUUGAUCUUGUUGUUUCUGAACCAAUUGACUGCAAUGGUUUGAUAAAGGAUAAUUUUAUUGAAGAUAUGGUUAAUAUUAAGUUAGUGUGCUCAAAUGAAACUGAGUUUAUUCCUUCUAAACUAGACUGCAUUGGUUUGUGUAUUUCAUCACAUGAAUUGGUUAAAAAGAACCAGGUUGCAGAUGAUGAAGCUACAUUAGGUUUAAAUAUUGCUGAACACAUAAAUAAGUUUAAGGUAUCAACACAUCCUGACAUAGAAGGUGUAACUUUAGAGUAUCAGUUGCUAUCAACUUCUUUUUUAUGUUUUCAAUUAGAUCUCUCUGCUGAGAUUAAUAACAAAAAGGAGUUGGAUUUGUUUAUGUCUUCAGAAAACCAUAUUGAGAUUAAGAUAUUAAAUGAUGGAAGUUUAACAGGUGUUCUGUUUUGGUUUAAUAUGUCAUUUGGUGAUCAAUUAAAACUUUCAUCUGCACCGUCUAUCAAGACGCAUUUUCAUCAAACCUGUUUUAUUCUGCCUAGCAAUCCAUUUGUCUCGAGCAAAGAUACAAUUUCUUUAUUGGUUUCUAGAUACAAGAAUUUUAUUGAUGUCCGAUAUGUUUCCAAAGUUUAAUAGGACUUACAUUGUUUGUAGAAAUUAUUUAAUUGCAAAAUCUUGAAUUAAUUGCAUUUUCAAAAAAAUGAUUUUUUCCAUCA